GCAGAUUUAAGUGGAACUAGUGUAAAGAGUCUUCUGGGGAAGUUGCUGUCUUGGCAAGAUCAUGAUCUUAAAGUGGUAAUUAAGUUUCCUGGUGUCCCGUCCCUCGUGUCAUUUUUGUGCAGGAGCUGUGUGUCCUGCCUUGUCCCAGUGCAGGCGACAGUCGUUACAGCUCCUGAGCAGGCAGAAGUUUUUCUCCCUUUCUAGGGAGAUGAAGUUUUGGCAGGCUGUACAAGGAAAAGAUUGGCUCACUGAGGCAGUUCUGGAGGAAACCAGAGUCCAGGGGAGCCAAGGGAAAUGAGGGAGACUAAUUUAACAAUGGGACAGUAAAUUUUCCAGGAAGGGCGAGAGGAAGAAAUCAAAAGUGAAACUAAUAGUGCCAAAAGGGGUGGACCUUCAAGUUGCUGAUUGAGAGGAGAAGCCAUUAUCAGUCCGUCAUAGUGCAUAUCACGGCACGGUGGCUCUUUCAGACUGCAACUGAAGUCUUGGUUCAGAUCCAAAUCCUGAUGUGAAAUGAGCACAGACUUCCGCAAACUGCUUUUUGAAGUUUCUGAGGCUUUGGUGACAGAGGAACUGUCAGCUCUUAAAUUCCUUAGCCUGGACCAUGUCCCCAGGAGGAAGCUGGAAGCCAUCCAUGAACCCAAGGCCUUCUUUGAAGUGCUGCAGGAGAAAGACAUGAUCAGGGCAGGGAACCUGUUCUUCCUGAAGGAGCUGCUCUACCGGAUCCAUCGGAUCGACCUCCUGACUGCCCACCUGGGCUCCAGCCGGGAGGAGAUGGACAGGGAGCUGCGGAUCCCGGGCAGGGCACAGGUGUCAGCUUACAGGCAACUGCUGUAUGGAAUUGCAGAGGACUUGACUUCAGAAGAUGUCAGAAGUGUGAAGUUCCUGCUCCAAAAACAACUACCAAAGAACAAGCUCCAGGAAAAUGCUUCAAUGUUGCAGGUCUUUCUGGAAAUGGAAAGAAAUGGGAUAAUUAAAGAAGAUAACUUGACGAUGCUGAAAGAUAUGUUACAGAGAUUUAGAGUUGACAUAAAGAAAAAAAUUGAUGCCUAUGAAGGAAAAAAAAGAGAAAAUUAUUCUAGGGAAGAAGUCUGCCAUCCUGUGUCUGUGUCUGUGUAUCCAGAGGAAAAAGGAGCAGAGGGGGAGGCAGCAAAACUGCAUGGGAAAAUAUAUAAGAUGAAAAAUAACCCCCACGGUUACUGCUUAAUUCUUAACAACCACAUUUUUAAAAAUCCAUGUUACAAUAGAGAGGGAACAUUGCAAGAUGGAGAGGCUGUGAAGAGGGUCUUUAAGUGGCUUCAGUUUGAGACAGUUGAGUACAUGGAUCUAGAAGGAAAAGAAAUACGUGACACAGUUAAAGAAUACAGCAAGAAAGAUCAUAGAUAUAUGGACUGUUUUGUUUGCUUCAUUUUCUCCCAUGGUGAAAAAGACAAAAUAAAAGGUGUUGAUGAUGAGUGUGUAAAUAUUGACGACUUAGUCUCCUACUUCACUGGAACUAAUUGUCCUUCUCUUGCUGGCAAACCCAAGGUGUUUAUUAUCCAGGCUUGCCAAGGCUCUGGACAUCAUCCAUCUGUUGCAGUAGAAUCAGACUCUUCUGGACAUCUUGAGGUGGAUGCUAGUCCUUUGACUUCCAUUCCUGAUAAGGCUGAUAUUCUGAUUGGCAUGGCUACAGUGGAGGACUACAAGUGCUACCGCAGUCCUAAGACUGGCAGUGUUUACAUUCAAUCCCUCUGUGAGAAGAUGGAGCUGCUUUGCCCACUGCGCACGGAUCUCACAGCCAUCCUGACAGAAGUGAACAAUGAAGUGGCAAGAAGAGACUUAAAAGGAUUUAAGCAAAUGCCAAAGAUAACAUCAACACUACUGAAGCGAUUGAUCUUUGAAGUUCCACAAUGAAAAGCAGACAAGUAAGAAUACACUUGGUUAGGAAUGACAUCUGGGCUUUGACAGGGAAGAGAAUUUACAUGAGAAGUUCCCUGGAUCUAUGUGUUAGCCCUAGCCCUUUAAGGAGGCAGAGGACCUAAAUUUUCCAACUUCCAUAUUGAAUCAGUCUUCCAAUACCUGGAUCUGUAAUGGUUGGUAAGGAUGUGGAAAACUACAAAUCAUCAAGCUUUCUGUCCUGAAGAAGCAAUUGAGUAUGUUCAAUCUGGGUUUCAAGUGAGAAAGGACUUUCAAGUAGUAUUGUAAAAGUUAUUGGAAUUGUCAAUGAAGUCCCAUUUGUGUCUGAGUUAAGUCCCUAAAAUCUGCAAAAAAAUAACAGCUUCAGAAAGCUGGAUGCAUUCCCAAGCAGCACGUGUAAGGUUGUAACUGCCUUAUCCAGAGGUGAAUCAUUGUCUGUCUUUGGAAGCAAUAAAUGUUCAUGGAAAAUAACAUCCUGCUCCAGAAGGACCAAACCCCAUAAUUAUAUUAGUUUGGUUCUUUUCUUCUAAAUAUUUGGUUUGGUUUUUGUCAAUCAUCUGCUUGGAUAAGCAGCCCAGCUGUGUAAGUUUUUCAAUAAUAAAGGUUCUCACUUUGAUAUUUCUCAGAGCUCUCAGGGCAUGGUGUGUCCUUGAAUGAAUGUGGAAUACUGGAAAAAAGUUCUGUCUUGAAUGAAUGUAGAAUACUGGAAAGAAUUUCUGUAAUCAUGUUUCUGUUAGAAUAAAUUAUCUCGGUUUUUAUAUCA